GAGCGUGGCGGGGUGGCUGAGGACGCAUGCGUGGGUUUCAUCCCGCAGCCCUUGCCCCCAGGCUCCCACUCGCUGGUGUGCUUGGUAAAGCAGGGCUGCAGGAUCCCUCCUUAGGCUGGGGAUGAUGGAAGUUUUCCUACCCACCCCCGACUCUUUCCAGACACACCCACUCUAGGACUCACUUUCCAGGGCACAAGUCGCAAGUACUGGUUCUUAGCACCUCAUGGUCUACAUGUCCUUGUUGAGUUCUGGCUACCCAAUACGACAAAAGCAAUGUGGUCAGAGAAGAACCUGAAGUCGAAUACUCUGCCUCCCCUCCAACAAACCAAAGGCCACAGCAAAAACAAGAUGAAGACUCAGCCAGCAGUGAAGUCCCAGUCCUCUAUAGAUGUGGCAAGCUUGUCAAAGAAUGUCCGGGGACCUCGAAGAAGGGAAGGAAUGCACCAUGGGAAGAUGCAGGCCAAGGUCCGGCUGAUGCGGUCGAUGCUCCGAAACCAGCGGACCUCACUCCAGGAGCUCUACAACCACGAGAGCUUCCUCAGCAAGCUCAACCAGGAGCUGAUCCAGGCCAUCCAGGACAUGGAGGAGAACAUGGCGGUGAACGUGCGCACAAUGCUGCAGCAGCAGGGCAUUCUCGGGAAUGUCAUCGACAUCUUGGAGUACUCAAACAAGAAGCGGGUGGAGCAGCUGAGGUCUGAGCUCCAGGAGUGGAAAGAAAAGGAAGAGAGCAAAACAAACAGCUUGAAGCAGGAGGUGGAGCAGCUAAAUGCUGAAAUCCUGAAGAUCCACGAGGAGGUGAAUUUUCUGAGCACCUACAUGGAUCACGAGUAUCCCGUCAGGUCGGUCCAGAUCGCCAAUUAUAUACGCCAGGUCCAGCAGGCAAAGGACAGCCAGCAGGAUGAGCUGGACAGCCUUAGAGAGAUGCGUGAAAUGAUCCUGGGGUGUUUUUCCAACGUGAUUCAGAAGAAGAAGAAGAAAAUCCUGAGGUCUCUGAUGGUGAAAACCCAGAAGCCCUAUGAGGAGGUACUUUUGCUGAAGACCCUGGACAGCCAGCGCCUGCAGAGGUGCACGAUCUGGUUCAGACAGCUUAUCGAGCAGCUGAAGAAAGAAAUACCUGUAUUAAUUUCGGAGGUGGAGCAAAUGUAUGCAGGAGUCUGGGACCCCCGAGAGGUCGUUUUUAAGGAUGUUCUACUUCAGAGACCCAAGUGUACCCCAGACAUGGCCGUGGAGCUCAACAUUCCUGUGCAGGAACCACUCCCCUUCUAGAGGGCGGCAUGCCUGGCACCUCUCCUCCUUGCUCUCUUCCGUCACAGGGGUUUGGGCAGGUCUACUUGCAAGACGCUGUCUCCAUUCUGAGUCUGACCCACAGCCCCGCCCCUCCUCCAGCCCGCUCCCUUGCUGCUUGGAUCAGGCAGGAAUUCCCAGUCUUUGCUGCCAAUAAAGCUGGGUUUGUGUUUGCCUGG